GAUCUCUGGCGCGCAAGAUCAAGAUCCGCCGUGAGGUCAGACCUCCCAGCACUUUGGCCUCACCGUCGAAACUCCCCGCCAAUUCCUCCCCACUCCCUCGAGCCGGUGGCUUCCCAUUGAAUUGAAGAUGGCGCCCAAGAAAGAUUCAAAGACUUCAAAGACCAAGAUUCCCGUGCAGCCGGUCCCUGAGAAGCGCGGUUAUGAAUUUGCUGGCCCAAUCGGUGCAUUUGGAAUUGUCUUCGGUCUUCCAAUCCUAGUCUACGGCUUCACCUUCCUGUGUAACGAUGUCUCCGGUUGUCCUGCCCCGUCGCUGCUUCACCCCUCCACCCUGACCCUCGAUCAACUGAAGAAAGAAGUGAACUGGCCGCAGGAAGGGCUCCGUGCCUUCUUUGACGCUCAAGUGACGCUGUGGGUGCUGAGCUACUACUUCCUCAGCUUGUUUCUCUAUGUGUUUUUGCCUGGUCAGGAGGUAGAUGGCACGGUCCUGGCGUGUGGAGGAAGACUUCGAUACAAGUUCAAUGCGUUCACCUCCGCCGUUACGAUUCUUUCCGGAUGCGCCCUCGGCACCUACGUGUAUGGGGCAGACUUCGUUGUUUGGACAUUCCUCUGGGACAACUACUUGCAGGUGAUCACGGCAAACUUGGUGAUCUGCAGCUCUCUUGCUAUCUUCGUCUAUGCGAAGAGCUUCACGGUGCCAGCGCCCGGCCAGCUUAACCCGGAGCUGAGACAAUUGGCCCCGGGUGGUCACACAGGCAACGUGCUAUACGAUUUUUUCAUUGGGCGCGAGCUGAACCCGCGCGUUCGACUGCCCAUUCCCUUUGUCAGCGAAGCGUCGCGUACCAUCGAUAUCAAGUCCUGGUUUGAAAUGCGGCCUGGACUGCUCGGAUGGAUCAUUAUGAACCUGUCCAAUGUCGCUCAUCAGUACCGGACUUAUGGCUACGUGACUGACUCGAUCGUGCUCUCCACCUUUUUCCAGGCAUUCUACGUACUAGAUGGACUGUACAUGGAGCCGGCACUCCUGACCACCAUGGACAUCAUCAUGGACGGGUUCGGCUACAUGCUUUCUUUCGGAGACCUUGUCUGGGUUCCCUUCAUCUACAACUUCCAGACCCGAUACUUGUCGGUAUUCCCCUUGGAGCUCGGCCCCAAGGGAAUCCUGCUCGUCCUAAGCGUGACCGCCGCAGGCUACAUGAUCUUCCGGGGCGCCAACAACCAGAAGAACCGUUUCCGCACCGACCCAACCGACCCUCGCGUGAGCCACAUCCAGUUUAUCAAGACCGCCAGUGGAUCGAAACUGAUGACUUCGGGAUGGUGGGGUUGUGCGCGCCACAUCAACUACCUGGGUGACUGGCUCAUGUCGUGGUCGUACUCGCUGCCCACCGGCAUCGCGGGCUAUGCUAUCAUCGAGAGCAUCGAUGCCUCCACGGGAGACGUUCACAAGCAGGCCGUGCAGACGCCCGAGACUCGCGGCUGGGGAAUGAUUUUCACCUACUUCUUCUUGGUCUACUUCGGCGUGCUGCUCAUUCACCGCGAGAGACGCGAUGAGGAGAAGUGCAAGAGGAAGUACGGUGCUGAUUGGGAUCGGUAUACCUCUUUGGUCCGCAGUCGGAUUGUUCCUGGCAUUUACUAGGUAGUUUGACGAGAUCCCUUGGUUUUUUCUGGGGUGUCGUCGAUCUUUCUGGCCACUUACAUUGUUUAAUAUUUUGAUUAGGGGUGUUGCAAUUUCUAGAAUUAAUUGCACACGGAAGAG